AAUUAAGUGUGGUACAGAUGCAGGAACGAGCAGUCUGAGCCUAGUUCUGUGCGCCUCUCACACAUUGAAUUUUAACUAACCCCUUCACACCGGCGAGGAGCAAGCGAGCAGGCAGGCAGGCAGGCAAUAGAUCCUGUGCUCACUUCGCGUGCAGCAGCAGAGCUAUAUCGGCGCGUCAAACAUCACUACAGCUUUUUCAGGAUGCUAAAGCAAGACGAAGAAGGGGGCAUGGAGACUAGGGGCGCCUGUAUUCUUAAUUAAACAGAGCCCAAGACCUAGAGAACUAGUCAUUUUGGAAGCAGAAACGCCAACAGCUUCACCGUAGCUCAGUGUGCAGAUUGCAGUUGUCAAACCUUGUGUGUGUUUUUCUAUCUUAACUAUUAGCAAGUGAUCUGGUGGGAAAUCGCUUUUAAUUAACACUCAGCUGCUAAAAUACGGCUUCUGCAAAUCAUGCAGGGACGGUAGUGUAUUUUCCACCAGGCUGAAGACAGUUCAAAUUGAGGAUUAUUUCAACAUUACUUUUGGUACCGUAUAUCAGGCUCCUCUCCGCGCCACCCCUUUCGUACCGCCGCUGAGCCCAGACCCGAGCCGGACUGUACAUUUCCAUGCAGCCGCAAAGAAAAGAUAAAAAGCUAAAGCUGCAAAUGACUGUGUUCGUUGCAGACCCACCCCGUCCUGGAGGCAGGCUCAAUGUUAUUGAUUCAUUGCAGUAGAUUCAUUUUCACUAGCAUUUCCAUGCUGUGAUAAAUGAAUGCAGUUGUGAUGCCAUUUUAUUUAUUUAUAAAAAAAAUUAAAAAGUCACACACUGGGUUCUGUCUGAUCUCCAGUGCUGUGCGAUUAUUAUAUGUUACAUUCGGCUUAAAGUCACCAUUUAGGAAUGGACUGUAGUACCAUUUGUGGAAUAUAAAACGUGUGAUUAUCAUUAACAUUUAAUAGUCGUUACAUUUCGGUUUAAAACGAGCACAUUGUUUGCGGACACAUAUAUGUAUAUUUGGCAAAAACUACCGUUUUGGUUUGUAAUAAUAAUAAUAAUAAUAAUAAUAAUAAUAAUACCAGUGGUGGGAUGUAAUCUUUUUAUGUCGGUAUAUUUCCUGCAAAGCAUUGGGGAACAUUAAAAUAAAUACAUGGAGGGCCCAUACUAGAAUGCAUCCUUGCUGUACGGUAGGUCACACGGGCAAAGUGCAGUAAAAUAUUUAUUUUUCGUGCAAUACUGUACAACAGGAACCUCCUUACCCGUGUUUUCCGAUCGGCAAGUCCCCCACCCCUUCAAAAAAAUCUUGCUGAUGUUGAUUGAAACUUUAUCGCUCAGUCGAAGUGUCAAGAGCUCGCUCGCACAGCAGCACUGCGAGGGGAGAGAGAGCGUCUCGGCAAGGUCGGGGCGUAACCUGAAUCCGCAGAGGGGCUGCGGGCAAGGAGGACCGCUCCCUAUUGGGCAGACGGGGAGGUGGGAGGAGGCUUCUUGACACCAGAGGGAUGGGGUAGAUCGAGUGUAGGUUUCCCUGUUUUGUUCAAAGAUCUCAAAUCACAGAGUAAUAGAACUGCACGGGUAUAACUCUCAGGCGCAUUUCUCUUUUUUUUGGUCCGAUCCUAACGAAUGGUUUACUUGCACACUGCAUCUCCCAUCGCCGCUGCCAGUACUGCUGCUGCUUCUUCCUCGGUUUUAUUUUCUCCGCUGGAAUUACUCCCCGCAGCAGCAGCCGCAGCGCACAUCUGUUAAUUGUAUCUUCCGCCUCUUGCUUUUCUUCUCCUUCUCUUGCCUUUGCCAGGGAGAGGAGAGAGGUGCGAUCCGGAUCUGGAUGGAUGGGUAUGGGGAAAGGGGCAGGACCCUCAGCCCUGGGAAUCGGCCAGAUCCUCUCGGUUUUUCUGUGCAUUUUUCCUGCAGUGAGCCUGCAGUGUAAGAUCUUGAAGUGCAACUCCGAGUUCUGGGCCACGACAUCCGGCACUCACCACUCGGGCCCCGAGAGGGCCCCCGAGUUCUGCACGGCCCUCCGCGCGUACGCCCACUGCGUCCGAAGAACGGCCCGCACCUGCCGAGGGGACCUUGCCUACCACUCGGCCGUGCACGGCAUCGAGGACCUCAUGAGCCAGCACAACUGCUCCAAGGAGGGCCCCACAUCGCAGCCACACCCCCGAACCUCCACCCAUGACAGCCAGGAGCGCUCUGACAGCCCCGAGAUCUGCCACUACGAGCGGAGCUUCCAUAAGCACACGGCGCCCCCCAACUACACCCACUGCGGCCUGUUUGGGGACCCGCACCUCAGGACCUUCGGGGACGACUUCCAAACCUGCAAGGUGCGAGGCUCCUGGCCCCUUAUAGACAAUAAGUACCUGUAUGUGCAGGUCACCAACUCCCCGGUCCUGCCUGGGUCCCUCGCCACGGCAACAAGCAAGCUAACCAUCAUCUUCAAGAACUUUCAAGAAUGCGUCGACCAGAAGGUGUACCAAGCUGAGACGGACGAGCUGCCGGCUGCAUUCGUGGACGGCUCUAGAAAUGGCGGCGACCGGCACGGGGCAAACACCCUGCGCAUCGUGGAGAAGAUGCCCGGGCAGCACAUAGAGAUCCAGGCCAGGUACAUCGGCACGACCAUCGUGGUGCGCCAGGUCGGCCGCUACCUGACCUUCGCAGUGCGCAUGCCUGAGGACGUGGUGAACUCUACCGAGGACACAGAGAACCAGGGCCUGUACCUGUGCCUGCGCGGCUGCCCGCAGAGCGAGCGCAUUGACUUCAGGACCUUCCGGGCGCGGGCAGCAGAGAGCCACGUGGCUGCUGGGGGGGGCAACAGGGGAUCGGUGUCCGUGGAGGCUUUCACCUACAAGUCGGCCGUGGUCAAAUGCAAGGAGAGACUUCCCGUGGAGGAUUUGUAUUUCCAGUCCUGCGUCUUUGACUUGCUCACCACGGGCGACGUCAAUUUCACCUUGGCUGCGUAUUACGCUUUCGAGGACAUGAAAAUCUUGCAUUCAAACAAAGACAAGUUUCACAUCUUUGAAAGGACUGGGGACCUGACACCAGGAAACUCUGCACCCGGGAGGCCCUCCUCCCCUUCUUCGCUCUCGGCCCUUCACUUCCUCGCGUUACUGCUGUGGAUUCAGUGUGGUUUAAUGCAUCUAUAGUGUGGUGUUUACAUGAAACUUUGUCACGAAAACCGCAGUGUGAACCUGCGGGACACGCUCUUCGUCUUCAUAUCAUACCUCAGUUAACUCCAGGGUGUGAAAACGAUCCCAUUCUCCCAACACAUCUAGUUCAAGAAAGAGGGGAUUUGCACUGAACAGAGCAGCACCAUGCAUGCCAAUGCAAUGCAAUGUAAUGUGCUCCUGCCUCACCACAGUGAUCAACCCAUUCCCAUAUCAUUUAAUAUCUUUCAACUUUGCCAGGUCAUCAAAAUCAUGGCAACUGCUUUUCUGCAGCAGUACUUUACAAAUUAAUGCACAAUUAGUUUGCAAAACAAAAAAAAGUAUACAUUAGAGAUAACUUUAAAUAGUUCUGAAAACUCUUGGAUAAUAUUGCAGGCCCUUACGUUUUGGUGAGAAUCCACAGCAUUCAGAAAGGUUGGCCAGGUUGUUUGCUAAUGAAGAUUUGUCUGUUGCAGGUUGUGGCUCCGCACAGCGAUCACAGCUCCUUCUUGCAAUACUGUACAUGGAAGAGCCCAGAGGAACAUUUUCCUGCUGGCUGUAAAUUACACUUCGGCUGACGCCCGGGUCAAUAGAUACUGCUUUGUUUUGCCAAGUUGAACAGCAGGGCUUUAGAUCAGGGUUGUCCCAGCUCAGUGUGGGACAGGGUGGCUAGGGUUCACUGCAGUGAAAUGAAUAAAGGAGGAAAUAAAGCCCACAUGAUGUAAAAGGUUUAAAGCUGAAACCUGAAAAAUGACAACAGGUCUUGAUCUCGUCCACCACUUUAGCUGCAAUACCACGGCUGCCCACUACCAUCUUGUGGCAGCACUAAGUGUGUGCACACCAGGUGCCCCCACCUUCCGUUUCUCCAGAGAGUUCUGUGGAUAUUAAAAAUAAAGUAUUCAGGCUUAAAGGGCCCCCUGAUUGCAUGUUACACUAAUAGUGCUGCUAAACAAAGCUGUUGGGGAAUGGGAGGGUGAGACACGCACAUUGUGUUCAGUAUCUUCUGCAAUAUGGGCUGUGCUUACUAGCUUGCAACAGAGACACUCUUGGUGAUUUUGGCAUUAUUGCAUAUUGUGACAGUGGUUUCAUCAUCAUGAUUGGGUGGCGCUAUGGGGCAGUCGUGUUUUGUAGGCACUAUAUGCACCAGUGUUUAAAAUGCCAUAGCACUAACAAGGCAAGUUCUUGUAAUGUAUGAUGUCUUAGUGUUCCUAAUCUUUGAAUAUCUUUGGAUCUUUCCCAUAGUAAACUACCUGAACUGUCCGAAUGUGUCACGAAGCGAGGCUGCCUGCCUCUCGAGUUAGACUAGCUCCCCCGCCUGUGGCUCCAUUCCUCAUUUAUUGCACGGAUUUGAUUCUGUUGAUUAAACAGCCAGGAAGCGGCUGCGUCUUUUUCAAAUUAAUAAGCUACAGUGUUAUGCACCCUAUGCCUGGCGUGAGAAGGGCUGUGAGCAGGCAACGUGUAAAUAAAUAGGAGAGAGUGUGGGGACUGGCAGGCAGAGCCAGAUCAUUUGCAUUGCACAGCAGUCUUGGAAAUGAGGCUGUAUGUCACAUUGCAUGGCUCAGCUAAAAGCAUCGCAUUUUCACAUCAGCCAAAAUGAUAAUGAAUUACACCACUCUGUUCUUUUACAGUUACUGAAUUUUCCCAUUGAGAUCAUUCAACGAGAUACUUCGUCUGGGAGUUAAAGGCAGGCAGUGAUGUGUGUACCUGCUAUACAAUAUAAUAGCAUGUGUGAGUGAGCGUGUGCACACACAUUUCAUUUGUGAUAAUGGCAUAUCCAUUAUUUCUAAAAUGGGACAUUCAUUUAAUCAAACUUCCAACACUGAAUUACCUAUAAGCCCGCUGUCUCUGCACCACAGACUUUCUUUAAGAUCGUUUCAUCUUGAACGCAAGCCUCGUGGUGCCUUUCCUUUUUAUUGCUAUGGAUAGAAUUACUGGUACGAUCUGCAUAACACCAUACUUCUUUUAAAAAACUAAACAAAACUAAAAAUCUUUCAAAAAAAAGUGUGUAACAUUGAGUUGUGCUACUGGAUGUAGUUUAUAGUGUCUGUAUAAUAUAUGGAUCUCCGUGUAGAACCCUUGUGACUGUGCACAGAGUUGUAUGAUGUUCAGUUGUUUUAAAAAAAAAAUGUUUACCUGUUGUGAAAACUUCUAUUCUACAAAACUAAUUUUGGGGGUGAAAAUGUUACACGUGAUCUUUCCUGAAAAAGGGAGCUGUAAAAACAGGGAUGUCACAAUAUUCAGAGACCUGUACGGUGACCCAGGAGUCCUAAUACUGUGAUGAGGAUUUCUGAACACUGUCACCUAGUAAAUGACCUUGCAAGGAACGUAAGCUCUUGGAAGCAUUCUUCAGCAAUGUUGAGACAUCCCUCUUCUAGUUUUUGUUGUUGUUGAAAGCACUUUAUUUUCUUUUAUUGGCUCUCAUUGGGUUGUAACUUGUUUGUGAACUCAAGACGGUGGACUCAAAAGGGAAACUAGCUAAUGUAAAAAAUUCAAGAGAGAAGAAAGAUCAAGUUAUUGUGUUUGUAUGUAGGACACAAGCGGAACGUCACUGCGUGUAUAUAAUGGAAAUUAUUUAUUGAGGAGAAAAUUAAAGUUUGUUUUGUUGUAUUGUUUUUGGA